CAGCCCCCGGGACAAUAGAGACACCCUCCCGGACUCCUCUCCCCGGCCGGCUGGGGCUGUCGGCGGGCGGGGAAGGAGAGGGGCCGGGACGCGUCCCACUCUGCCCACUCUCUAGGGGUCGGACUGUCCCGGACCGGCGCCGGCCUCGGGCGGCUCGGCUCUCCUCCCCCCAGUCGGUAUGAUGCAGCAGCAGUGCCGCAGGGACGGGGGAAGAGCCGAGGCCCGGCCUCCUACCCUCCCCAGUGCCCCUGGCUCAUUUGUCAGUCCCCACCCCACUCUAGGCCGGCAGCUCCUUAAACUCGUACCCACCGUUCAGAGGGGCCCCGGACUGUGGGCGCUGUUUCUGAAUCCUUUGGUGGGGAUUCCUGGACUUUGGGGCUCUUGGAGAGACUUCCGGGCUGGUCCUGAGGGAGGGAGGGUGGUUAUCUAAAAGAAGAACAGGUAAGGGGAGUGCCCACUCCCGGCAUGCCAUCCCAAGCGGGCUCUACCCCCUCUUCUUGAUCAUGGUGGCUGGAAAGGCUCCUUCAGCUCUCGGUUUCUGUGGGCUCUGUUCCCCUGCUGUAGUCACAGGCUUAUUUCAAGGGAAGAGAGAGUGGGGUGAAGGUUGUAGGGUUCUAGGGCCGUUCCUACUUCUGGUAGCAGUACCCCCCCAAGUGGACAUCCUGGCUGAAAGCAGAGGUGACUCUGAGGAGAGCCUAGGGAAGGGGGGGUGCAUUUAGGAGUCUGUGCAGUUCUUUGCCACACCCUGUGGGUUUGCUUUGAGGCCUUAGAGUUCCUUCUCCUCCCCCUGCUGCAUUGCACCAUGGGUAUGGAAGAGGGGUUUGAGUUUGGGGGACCUGGGGUGAGCUGCUGCCUCCCAUAGACCCAGACUUUGUCUGGUAGCAGAGUCCAGGGCCCGAGUUCAGUCCUGGGAAGGACUAGGCCGCCUUUGGGUUUCAGGCCCUGAAGGACUAUCCAGACUCAGUGAGCCUGGGCCUUGGGGAGGGGUAGAUCCUGAAGCCAGGAUUAGGCUCUGGGCAGCGAGGUGCAGAGGGGAGGUGGCGGUCUUCAGAGGUGCCUUGGCCUCACACCAGAACCCCCCACCCCCAUGUGUGCAGCCGUGUUGCCGCCCGCUGUGCUAUGAGCAGUCAGAGCGCCGUCUCCACAAGAGUUUACAAAUGAAAAUGGAGGAAAUGUCUUUGUCUGGCCUGGAUAACAGCAAACUAGAGGCCAUCGCUCAGGAGAUAUACGCGGACCUGGUUGAGGAUUCUUGUUUGGGAUUCUGCUUCGAGGUGCACCGGGCUGUCAAGUGUGGCUACUUCUUCCUGGACGACACGGACCCUGAUAGCAUGAAGGAUUUUGAGAUCGUGGACCAGCCGGGGUUGGACAUCUUUGGACAGGUUUUCAACCAGUGGAAGAGCAAGGAGUGUGUCUGCCCCAACUGCAGUCGCAGUAUCGCUGCCUCCCGCUUCGCUCCCCAUCUGGAGAAGUGCCUGGGGAUGGGCCGGAACAGCAGCCGCAUCGCCAACCGCCGGAUUGCCAAUAGCAACAAUAUGAACAAGUCGGAGAGUGACCAAGAGGAUAACGAUGACAUCAAUGACAACGACUGGUCCUAUGGCUCAGAGAAAAAAGCCAAGAAGAGAAAAUCAGACAAGCUGUGGUAUCUCCCAUUCCAGAACCCCAAUUCCCCUCGAAGAUCCAAGUCUUUAAAACACAAAAAUGGGGAACUUAGCAAUUCGGAUCCUUUUAAGUAUAACAACUCAACUGGGAUCAGCUAUGAAACCCUGGGGCCGGACGAGCUGCGUAACCUGCUCACCACGCAAUGUGGGGUGAUUUCUGAACACACCAAGAAGAUGUGCACAAGGUCCGUGCGCUGCCCCCAGCACACAGAUGAGCAGCGGCGAGCUGUGCGCAUUUAUUUCCUCGGACCCUCAGCCGUCCUUCCAGAGGUCGAGAGUUCCCUGGAUAAUGACAGCUUUGACAUGACUGACAGCCAGGCCCUGAUCAGUCGGCUUCAGUGGGACGGCUCCUCUGAUCUCUCGCCCUCCGAUUCAGGCUCCUCCAAGACGAGUGAGAAUCAGGGAUGGGGUCUAGGUACCAACAGCUCAGAGUCACGGAAAACCAAGAAAAAGAAAUCCCAUCUGAGCCUGGUAGGGACUGCCUCCAGCCUGGGCUCCAACAAGAAGAAGAAGCCAAAGCCACCGGCACCCCCGACGCCCAGCAUCUACGAUGACAUCAACUGACUUGGGUGCAAGGGUUAGCCUUUGGCUGAGCAGAGCCCUCUCUCCCAACCCCCACCCAGGUGGCAAAGCCUGGCGAAUGGACGGCUGCUGGGGGUUUGGGCUUGGGAAGCUUGGUGGGGCCAGGCAGGCAGAGGAUCCAGUUAUGCGCCCCUGGGGGGUGUCAGGGUCCUCUGCGACGGAGCACGACCCCUUGGCAUGCAGGACUCAGACCUGGACAUAUUAUGCCUUGGACAUAAGUUCGGUGGGGAGGCGGUUUUCCUAUUUAUUCUGUGAGUUACUGGAUGUCCAGCUAGGCCAGGGGCCUGACCUGGGCACUGUGCCAGGGCACUGCCUGCCCCCCACCCCAGGAACUGGACUAAGCCCUGCCGAGAAGCAUUGUGGCUACCGGGGAGGCUGUGGGUUGGAAGCUGAGCCUGGAGGGGGCCUCCCCCAGCUGCCCUCAGCAAUGUGAAUGGGUCCGGUGCUUGGAGCUGAGGGGCAGGGCUGGGUGUGUCCUGUCUGUGUGCAGAAUCCUAUCAGAUGCCCCCAAUCCGAGGGGUAGGCAGGCCCAGCAAGCUGUCUGCUGAGGUGGGCAUCCGGAACUGCCACCGCCUUCCCUGCCCCUCCCAGGGGCAGCCCUUUCCCCUCAGUCCCCACGGGCCUCCUCGGCAGCAGGGGCUGUCCUUUUGUCGUCAGGCGCCAGGAAAGGGCCUCCAGCCUCUGCAGCUUCACGGAAGAGGCAAGGGGAGGGUAGGAAGAGGGAGCUGUGUAUCAGAAUGACUCCCCCGCCCCACCUUUCCUCCCUGACCCAGGGCUGGUGAGGAGUGGGGCCCCAAGGUGAGAGGGAACGGUGCUGCUUUAUUUGAAAUGUUUUCUUACCUCAUUCCCUGCCCCAGGAAGGGGCCCAGCCUCACCCUCCUGGGGUGGCCCCAUGUCCCUCCUGCCUCCCCUGCCCCACUGCCCUAGCAGGGCAGUCCAAGUUCCCAACUGCUGCUUGCUACCCCCCUCCUUCACCUUGACCAGCUUCAGUUCCUCUCUCAAUGCUCCUGCCUCCGAAGCCUGCCCUGUUUCCCCUUCCUUAGCUGCUUUUAAGUUAUUUAUUCUGUACUCGUGGUUUGGGGCUCUGAGGAAAAUCCUGAUCUUUUACCUCUCCCCCUUUGCUAGGAGUUGGGGUGGGCAGAGGCUAGUCUCUGUGCUCUGGGUUGUCAGUGGAGGGCUGUCGUGCCUCGGCAUUGCCCCUCUGUGGGACUGUCAUGCCAGUGUGCCCACCUGCCUGGUCUACAUCCUGAAGAGAUGUACCGUCCCACCUCCACGUGGGCACCAUCGCUCCCAGGAGCCGAGCUGGAGGACUACAGUCUGGGCUGGGAGCAGAGCUGACUGACACAGGGAUGGAGUUGACCCUGAGCCAUGUUCUCUGGCAUUUGCUGGAUGUGAACCCUGCCCUCUUCCCAGGAGGAGCCAUCCCACAUUUGGGUAGCUAGUACCCAGGACUGGUUGGACUGAUUUUGGGUUAGGGACCCUAGAGGGUUAAGGGAACAACAAGAGAUAGGGCUGCAAUACCCUGUCUGGAACCCCAGUCCCCGCCCCUGGGGUGGUUCUGAUUGUGGCUGAUGCCUGGUUACAAAUUGGUUUUUAACCCAAGAAUUGUGAUUAUUUUUUAAAAAGCCAAACAAAUUUUGGCAGGAGUUAGAAUAAAUCCUGGGGCCUGGGCUCCUCUGUUCUUGACCCUCCAUAGUCUUCUCCCUCUAAGGGGAAGCCAGAGGGAAAGGAGGAUUUCAGCCAGCCUCCAGCCUGCUUCCAAAUGAAGUCUUGGGAGUGGGCUGAAGGUGAAGGGAGGACGGCUCAGGCCAUUCUCCCUUCUGAGAGGCAGCUGCAGCUCAGGCCCUACCAUACCCUUUCCCCUCUAGCCUCUCCCUUUCCCCCCUCUGGUUGGAGGAGGGAGAAGUGGGAAGUAGUUUGGGAACUGGUUUGUCCACAUCCACUUCCCCAUUGUUCCUUGGCCCGCCCUCAGGGCACAGCCCCCUGCCCAAGCUGGGUAAGAGAUGGGCUUGGUCCAGCAGGGACCCUGAGGGAGUAAACCCCUUUCCUUCUGGGGAGAGUGUGCCCCCCCUACCAUGUAGUUGAACAGGGGCUAGGAGCUCUCCACUCCCCUCCCUCUAACAGCAGGCUGUGUGGGUCUCAAUUCCCAUCCUUCCCACCCCGGCUAGGUGUCGUCCACCUGUAUCCUAUCAUGUGUCUGAGUGUGUGUGGGGGGGUUCUGUACUAAUUUCCAUGGCCGGUGGCUUUUCCUUCCAUGCAUCACUCCCCCCCGCAUGCCCAGGGGCCACCCGCCUGGCAUUACCGCAUGCUGGGGUCAUUGGGGGAGGGGGGUGGGGCUCACGCUGUCCUGUGGUCUUGAGAUUUUUAUUUUUGCAUAUGUAAUCCAUCCUGUACAGGUAGCUAACUUUGUAAACGCUGUGUAUUUCCCCUGCCCCCAUGGCUGCUGGUGUAAAUAAACUGCAUCUCCCGUUGGUA